CCUUUAACUUAAGCAGUUCACCUUCACAGAUCACAGUAGGGGAGAGGAUGUGAGCAGACUGGCUAUUUAUUUCUUGUAGCCAUUUCUGUCUGUGUGCUUCGGUGAGCCAUGGAUCCCAGAAACAAGCAUGGGCUGACACUCCUGGAACAGCUGUGGAUCAUGCGAGAGACUGGGAAGUUGACGGAUGUGGUGCUCGUGGCCGAAGGCAUCAGCUUCCCCUGCCACCGCGUGGUCCUGUCUGCCUUCAGCCCCUACUUCCGGGUCAUGUUCACCUGUGGCCUGAGCGAGUGCAGCCAGCGUGAGGUGACCCUGGGGGACACGCCUGCCGACAGCCUAGCUCUCCUGCUGAACUACAUGUACCUGUCGGACCUGCCGCUCACGAACACCAAUGUGCAGGGUGUCUCUACAGUUGCCUUUAUGCUGCAGAUGGAGGAUGUGUUCAGCCGCUGCCAGCAGCACAUGAUGGACCACAUGGAUGCCUCAAACUGCCUGGGUGUGUACUUCUACGCGCGAGAACUGGGAGCAGAGGAACUGGGCGAACAUGCCCAGCGCUACUUGCGCCAGCACUUUGCCGAAGUCUGCCUGCAGGAGGAGAUCUUGGAGCUUCAGGCGCACCAGUUGCUCCCGCUGGUCGCAUCUGACGACCUCAACGUGACACGUGAAGAAAGCAUCCUGGAAGUGGUGCUGCGCUGGGUGAGUCACCGACAGGCUGAGCGGGCCCCCCACUUGCUGGAGGUGCUGCGUAAGGUGCGCCUGCCUCUGGUAGCGCCAGACUUCCUGCGGGAUGCGAUGCGGAGGAAUCCCGUGCUGCUAGCCAACGCCGAGUGCCUAGAGCUGGUGGAGGCGGCUCUGGACGCUGCCCGACAGCACCCUGCUGCUGCACCUCGCCGCCUGAAGCUGCGCUAUGGCAUGGAAACGACUGACCUGCUGCUGUGCAUCGGCAAUGAUGGUCAAGGCAUCAAGUCCCGCCAGGGUAGCUACUCUGACUACAGCUUCUGCUACACCCCAGCUACCGGCCGCACCUGCUACAUCACAUCCCCCCGCUAUGGGGAGGUUCUGGGCUACGUGUGUGCCGGGGUGGUGACUGAGGACAAUGAAAUAGUGGUGGCUGGGGAGGCAGGCGCCCGCCGCAUGGCCAGGCAGAAGAGCAGGACUGUAGAUAUCUGCAGGUACAAGGCCACUGCACAGGGCAGCUGGGAGAAGCUGUGCUCAGUGGAAUACCGUGAAAUGUAUGCCCUAGGAGCAAUGGGGGACAUGCUCUACCUUCUUGGUGGACAGAUGAAGCUGAAGAAUCAGUACCUCAUGACCAACUCUGUGGAGCGUUGGCCAAUGAAGGGAGGGCCCUGGCGGCGUUGCGCCCCCCUGCCCAUACCACUGUCCAGCCAUUGUGUUGUCAGUCUGAAGGGCCAUCUCUAUGUGCUGGGUGGGAGGACACCACAGUCUGACAGGCCAGACGACGAGCCAGACCACCUGAGCAGUCGUGUGUUCCAGUUCGAUCCUGAGGCCAACAAGUGGGAGGAGCGCGGACCCAUGAAAUACUCCAAGUAUCGCUGUAGUGCUGUAGUGCUCAAUGGAGAAAUCUAUGUACUGGGAGGAAUAGGGUGCGAGGGGGUCGAUCGUGGGCAGUCACGUCGCUGCCUGGAUGUUGUGGAGAUUUACAACCCAGAUGGGGACUUCUGGAGGAUCGGUCCUCAGUUGCCCUACCCCCUGCUUUCUCUGCGCAGUGGAGCCUCCAAUGCCGGGGUGGCAGGGGGAAAGCUCUACGUGUGUGGAUUCUAUAGGGGGGCAGAUCGGCACGACAUCAUCACCAAAGACAUACUAGAGCUGGACCCCUGGGAGAACGUGUGGACCAUGGCGGCACGGCGUGUUCUGAUGCACGACAACUAUGAUGUAUGCCUGGUGGCCAACCUAAACCCCCGCAACCUUGUGGCCCCACCUGGUGACCUUCUGGAUGAGUGACACCAUGAGACUUGCUGCUGGGG